CUUUGGGGGCGGGAGGGGCCUGCCACACGCCGCAGGGCCUGGCUGGGGCGCCCUGCCCUCUCGGGAGGAAGGAGGGGGUUGUGCUCUGGCCAGCAGGUGGCGGCCCUUACCUAGGCGCCUGCCCUGGGCGGAGAGAGCGCGCCCGGGAGCCGCGGACGCAGCUGGUCCCACCCGGGCUGCUCGCCCCUCGUCGCAGCUUGCCGAGCCCGGCCACCAGGCUCCCCCGCACCGCCCCAUACCUGCGCUGGGAGCGGCGCGCGAGGCGGAGCGGGACCUGCCGCCUCCACCCGCCUCCGAUUGAUAAAUAACUUCGGCCGCGGCGGCGGAGGGUGCGAAGGUCGCGUCCGGGCUGCGCAGCGGGAGAAGCCCCCGAGCGGAGAUUGGCGGACGCUCCCCGCAGCCAUGUCGCCCGGCCCCGUGUGAGCCGGGACCCUCGGCGCUAGCAGCCUCGCGGCGGCGGGGCUCGAUGCUCCGGGGCUGAACGUCCCCCUUCCCCGGCUUGCCGCGCUCUCCAUCCCGGGCUGCGCCCCGCUGGGGUCCCGGCCGGGACAUGUCGGUCUCCCAGCUCUACACCAAGUACACAAAGGUUUGGAUUCCUGACCCUGAUGAAGUGUGGAGAUCAGCAGAAAUUAUCAAGGAUUACAAAGAAGGGGAUAAAAGCCUACAUCUGAAAUUUGAAGAUGACGCUAUCUACGAAUAUCCAGUUGAUCUCAAAACCAAUCAACUGCCCUUCUUGCGUAAUCCAGAUAUUCUGGUGGGCGAAAAUGACCUGACGGCUCUAAGUUAUCUCCAUGAGCCUGCUGUCCUACAUAAUUUAAAAGUUCGAUUCUUGGAAUCGAAUCACAUCUAUACCUACUGUGGUAUUGUUCUUGUUGCCAUUAACCCAUACGAACAAUUGCCAAUCUAUGAACAAGAUGUCAUCUAUGCAUAUAGUGGCCAAAACAUGGGGGACAUGGAUCCUCACAUCUUUGCAGUGGCCGAAGAAGCCUACAAGCAAAUGGCUAGGGAUGAGAAGAACCAGUCCAUUAUCGUAAGCGGAGAAUCCGGUGCCGGAAAGACCGUCUCUGCCAAAUAUGCCAUGCGCUUUUUCGCAUCCGUUGGUGGCUCUGCCAGUGAGACCAACAUUGAAGAGAAGGUCCUUGCAUCCAGUCCAAUCAUGGAGGCAAUUGGAAAUGCUAAAACAACCAGGAACGACAAUAGCAGUCGCUUUGGGAAAUACAUUCAGAUUGGCUUUGAUAAAAGAUACCAUAUCAUUGGUGCCAACAUGAGGACAUAUCUGUUGGAAAAAUCAAGAGUUGUAUUUCAGGCAGAAGAUGAACGAAACUAUCAUAUCUUCUAUCAGCUGUGUGCCUCUGCCAGUCUUCCAGAAUUUAAAGAUCUAGCUCUCACAUGUGCUGAAGACUUUUUCUACACUUCUCUGGGAGGCGAGACAAUUAUUGAUGGAGUUGAUGAUGCUGAUGAUUUUGAGAAAACCAGACAUGCUUUCACCCUGCUUGGAGUGAAAGAGUCCAAUCAGAUGAGCAUUUUUAAGAUAAUAGCUUCCAUCCUGCACCUAGGAAACUUGGAAAUUCAAGCAGAACGAGAUGGAGACUCUUGUAGUAUAUCGAAACAGGAUGAACACCUGAAUAAUUUUUGCAGAUUGCUUGGCGUGGAGCACAGCCAGAUGGAGCGCUGGCUGUGCCAUCGGAAGCUUGUCACAACAGCUGAGACGUACAUCAAGCCCAUGUCUCUGCAGCAAGUCGUGAAUGCCAGGAAUGCGUUGGCCAAGCACAUAUAUGCCCAGCUGUUUAACUGGAUUGUGGAGCAUAUCAACAAAGCCCUGCAUACCACCGUCAAGCAGCACUCAUUCAUUGGGGUUCUGGAUAUCUAUGGGUUUGAAACUUUUGAAGUGAAUAGCUUUGAACAGUUUUGUAUCAACUAUGCCAACGAAAAACUUCAACAGCAGUUCAACUCGCAUGUAUUUAAGCUGGAGCAAGAAGAGUAUAUGAAGGAACAAAUCCCUUGGACUCUUAUAGAUUUUUAUGACAAUCAGCCCUGCAUAGACCUUAUAGAAGCCAAACUUGGUAUCUUGGAUCUGUUGGAUGAAGAGUGUAAGGUUCCUAAAGGAACUGACCAGAACUGGGCACAGAAAUUAUAUGACAGACAUUCCAGCAGCCAGCACUUCCAAAAACCUCGAAUGUCCAAUACCUCCUUCAUUGUUGUUCACUUUGCAGAUAAGGUGGAGUAUCAGUCUGAUGGAUUUCUGGAGAAAAAUAGGGACACUGUAUAUGAAGAACAGAUCAACAUACUGAAGGCCAGCAAGUAUCAAAUGGUAGCUGACUUAUUUCAAGAUGAAAAGGAUUCUGUGCCUGCUACUCCGACCAUAAAGGGAGCCGCCCCCAAAAUCAGCGUCCGUUCUGCCAGACCAUCUGUGAAAGCUGCCAACAAAGAGCACAAGAAAACUGUGGGGCACCAGUUCCGAAACUCCUUGCAUUUAUUGAUGGAGACGCUGAAUGCUACCACUCCACACUACGUGCGCUGCAUCAAGCCAAAUGAUGAGAAACUUCCAUUCAAAUUUGAUCCAAAGAGAGCAGUCCAGCAGUUAAGAGCCUGUGGUGUGUUGGAGACCAUCCGUAUCAGUGCAGCUGGCUACCCAUCCAGGUGGUCCUACCAUGACUUUUUCAAUAGGUAUCGAGUUCUUAUGAAAAAGAGGGAGAUCUCUAAAAAUGACAAGAAGUUGAUCUGUAAAACACUUCUGGAAAACCUCAUUAAGGAUCCUGACAAAUUCCAGUUUGGACGUACCAAGAUCUUUUUCCGUGCAGGCCAGGUGGCAUAUCUGGAGAAACUGAGGGCAGAUAAAUUCAGAGCUGCUACUAUCAUGAUACAGAAGACUGUGCGGGGCUGGCUGCAGAGGGUCAAGUACAGAAGGAUAAGAAAUGCUGCAAUAACAAUCCAGAGGUAUACACGAGGACACCUGGCUCGCAGAUUGGCAGACCACCUAAGGAAAACAAGAGCUGCCAUCGUUUUCCAGAAACAAUACCGAAUGUUGAGAAUCCUUCAUGCUUUCCAGAAGAUCCGCAAUGCCACUAUCACAAUUCAGGCCUUCACUCGGGGCAUGUUUGUCAGGAAGAUUUACCACAAGAUCCUUUUGGAGCACAAAGCUACCAUCAUCCAGAAACAUACCCGGGCCUGGCUGGCUCGUAAGCACUUCCUGCGCUUCAAGUGUGCGGCUGUGGUCAUCCAAUGCUACUUCAGGCGCAUGAAGGCCAGGCAAGAGCUGAAGAAACUGAAGAUUGAGGCACGGUCAGCACAGCACUUGAAGAAACUCAAUAUCGGCAUGGAGAACAAGGUGGUUCAGCUUCAGAGGAAGAUAGAUGAUCAGAACAAAGAAUACAAGCACCUGAAUGAGCAGCUCUCUGCACUUACCUCUGCCUAUUCCACCGAUGUGGAAAAGCUGAAGAAGGAGCUGGAGCAAUAUCGGCAGAAUCGGGGGGAUAGCAACCAGCUUGUAAACUUGAAAAAAGAGAUUGAGAGCCUCAGGCUGGAGCUUGAGAAAGCCCACAGUGAAAGGAAGAUUAUUGAAGACACCUAUGAUAAGGAGAAAGAUCUACUCCGAAAGCACGUAUCAGACCUAGAAGAGGAGAAUGCUCUUUUGAAACAGGAAAAAGAGGAUCUUAAUAACAGAAUCCUGUGUCAGUCUGAAGAUGAAUUUGCCCAAAACACUGUCAAGGAAAAUUUCCUGAUGAAGAAGGAGCUGGAAGAGGAGAGAUCUCGUUAUCAGAACCUGGUAAAGGAGUAUUCAAGGCUGGAGCAGAGAUAUGACAAUUUGAGGGAUGAGAUGACUAUUAUAAAGCAGUCCCCAGGACACAGAAGAAACCCAUCUAACCAGAGCAGUCUAGAGUCUGAUUCCAAUUGUCCAUCAGUCUCUACAUCUGAGAUAGGAGACACGGAGGAUGCAAUACAACAAGUGGAGGAUGUUGGUUUGGAUAAAGCAGCCAUGGAUAUGACUCUGUUCCUGAAGCUACAAAAGCGAGUGAGGGAGCUUGAACAGGAGAGAAAGAAACUGCAAACCCAGCUGGAGAAAAAGAAGUCCCAGGUAAUUGAAACGAAGAAUGAAAUGGAUUCAGACCGUGACACAGAUCUAGCCUACAACAGUCUGAAGAGGCAAGAAUUGGAAUCAGAGAAUAAGAAACUGAAAAAUGAACUGAAUGAACUGAGGAAGACUAUUGUAGACCGGGUGACCCAAAACAACUCAUCCAGUGAUAUCCAGGACAGUUAUACCCUCUUAUUAAACCAGCUUAAAUCAGCCAAUGAGGAACUGGAAGUGAGGAAAGAGGAGGUGCUUAUCCUAAGGGCACAGAUUAUAAAGGAAGCCCAGCAAAAAGAGACUGGCAAAAAUAUGGACUCGAACAUCAACAUGUAUACCAGCUGGCCAAACAGUGACAAGCAUGUCGAUGCAGAGGAUGCAAUUGAGGCCUACCAUGGGGUGUGUCAGACAAAUCGCAAGACUGAGGACUGGGGCUAUCUCAAUGAAGAUGGAGAGCUCGGCUUGGCCUAUCAGGGCCUAAAGCAAGUUGCCAGGCUCCUGGAAGCCCAGCUUCAGGAUCAGAGGAGAGAGCACGAAGAGGAGGUGGAAACUCUGAAAACCCAGAUGGAAACCCUGAGAGAUGAGAUGGAGAAACAGCAGCAGGCGUUUUUCCAGACCCUACAGCUGCCACCAGAGGCCCAGGUGGAAUUUGGCAUCCAGCAAGAAAUCACACGUCUGUCAAAUGAAAAUCUGGAUCUCAAAGAGUUACUAGAGAAACUAGAAAAGAAUGAGAAGAAGCUGAAGAAACAACUAAAGAUUUACAUGAAGAAGGUCCAGGAUUUUGAAGCAACCCAAGCUACAGCACAGACAGAGAGGAGGCGUCACGAGCUUACUAGGCAGGUCACUGUCCAACGGAAGGAAAAAGAUUUCCAGGGAAUGUUGGAAUAUUACAAGGAAGAUGAGCCACUUCUCAUCCGAAACCUCAUUACAGAUCUCAAACCACAGACAGUUUCUGCCACAGUUCCAUGUCUUCCUGCUUACAUCCUCUACAUGUGCAUCAGGCAUGCAGAUUACAUCAAUGACGACCAGAAAGUGCACUCCUUACUCACGUCCACCAUUAACGGCAUUAAGAAAGUAUUAAAGAAACACAAUGAUGACUUUCAGAUGACGUCAUUUUGGUUGGCUAAUACCUGUCGCCUCUUACAUUGUCUAAAGCAGUACAGCGGGGAUACGGGUUUUAUGACACAAAAUACCGCUAAGCAGAAUGAACACUGUCUUAAGAACUUUGACCUCACGGAGUACCGGCAGGUUUUAAGUGACCUCUCCAUUCAGAUCUAUCAGCAGCUCUUUAAGAUAGCGGAAGGCAUGUUGCAACCAAUGAUAGUGUCUGCAAUGUUGGAAAGUGAGAGCAUCCAGGGUCUGUCAGGCGUGAAGCCAAUGGGCUACAGGAACCGAUCAUCCAGCAUGGUAGAUGGUGACAACUCUUACAGCUUAGACGCAGUCAUUCGCCAAAUGAAUACGUUUCAUAGCAUCCUGUGUGACCAGGGCCUGGACCCGGAGAUUAUUCAGCAAGUCUUCAAGCAGCUCUUCUACAUGAUCAAUGCAGUAACGCUGAACAACCUCCUGCUGAGAAAAGAUGUCUGUUCGUGGAGCACUGGUAUGCAGCUCAGGUAUAACAUAAGCCAGCUGGAGGAAUGGUUGCGUGGGAAGAAUUUGCAACAGAGUGGAGCAGCAGAGACAAUGGAGCCCCUGAUCCAGGCAGCACAACUGCUUCAGCUCAAAAAGAAAACUUCAGAAGAUGCUGAGGCUAUCUGUUCCUUAUGUACAUCCCUCACUACACAUCAGAUUGUAAAAAUAUUAAAUCUCUAUACUCCGGUUAAUGAGUUUGAAGAACGUGUGACAGUAGCCUUCAUACGAAACAUUCAGGCAAAUUUGCAAGAGCGAAAUGACCCACCACAGCUGCUGUUAGACUACAAAUAUAUGUUCCCAGUUGUGUUUCCAUUCAGUCCAUCCUCCAUAACCAUGGACUCUAUUCACAUCCCUGCUUCUCUCAACUUGGAAUUUCUCAAUGAAGUCUGAAGAAAAUGUCUUCAAACCGGUCCCCCUUCACCAGAGAAUUCAAGCAAAAAACAAAAAAAAAUCUUUUUAACGUGGACCAAACAAGAUUAUGGAAGAUUAUGGAAUACACAGUAAUCAGUUAGUGCUAAACUUUAUACUGUAAUAAGAAACUGAUCUUGUAUGUGAUUUUUUUUUGUAACUUGCAGCUCAAAAUAAGAAUACUUGAAAUACAGAAUUUUUUUACUGCUUGAUUUCAUGUUGAAAUAGUGCAAAGCCCAUAGCAGAGUCUCCAACAGACAUGAACAGCAAACACUGGAAAGUGGGAGAUGGUUAAUUUGGUCUUCGUAAGUGACUAUGAAGAAACUCCAGAUAAAAAUCAAAGUCAAAACACUGUCUUCAGAAAAAUGAUGGCAUUGAUAAGGUGGUUUGUACAUAUUAAUACAUUUCUAUGCAGAGAUACAAUUUCACACUUCUUCCUGUUGCUAGUCACUGUAUCACAAUGGUCAGUUCAGAAAUGUAAGUUGCAAAAUGUGCAAAUAAGUGUUCAUCACCUAGUUUAAGGUGUCAGUGAAAAUAAGCGUAGUUUUCAGUCUAAGGUGGAUUUUGUUUGUCAGGAAUUCUGACUUCCUGAGUCACCACUGCUCUCCAUCCAGUACACUUUUAUCUCUGUGCAUGCUGCAGAGAUGUGACUAGGGGUGGCUAUUUAGACUUUCUCUCACCCACAAAAUUGUGGUGAUGGCCUCAAAUCUUUCUGGUGUAAUAACCUAGGAAGUGAGGGGCUGUAGUGUCUCUCCCCACGUCAGUAUUGGAAACUUUCAUCCUAAAAUCCACUCCUGGCAUUACCCUAUGCUUUUAGGAGUUAAGAUACUGCCACAUCUAGUGAAGACAAAGAUGCUCUACAGGUUUUUAAUACCUUACAUAAUUAUGGAGGGCAGUAGCUGUUUCCAUGAGCUGACAUAACCAGUAUCAGAAUCCAUGUAACAAAAUUGUACCUACACCCAGGGUCACCCCUAGGAGGGUGUGGGGCCCGGGACAUAGGCGCCAAGUUUCUGAUCUGUCAGGGAGUGCUCCCCUCGCCCAGUUCUGACUCAACCCCUUCCCCCAAGCCCCUGCCUCUUCCCCACCCAAUUCCGCUCCUCUCCCCUCCCCUCAUAGCGCCUCCUGACACAGCAAAAUAUCUGAUCCACAGUAGGCACUGAGAAGCAAGGGCAGGUGCUGAUCGGUGGGCAGGAGGCCCUGGAGGGAGAUGGAGGUUCUGGAAGGGGGGCUGCCGAUGGCUGCUGCUCGCCUUCUCACCCCCCCGCCCACCUCCUCAUCUCUCUCCUGCCUGCUGCUCACCUCCCCAUUCGCUCCCUGACCCUGCUCGCCCUCCUGCCUCACCCUCUCAUGAUUUUAUGGAAGCGUGGGGCCUCCAAUUUGCCAUACCCAAGGGACAGCUCUGCCUACACCAUUCUGUAAAUUCUGGCAAUUUUCAUAUGUGUGGAUAACUUAUGUAAAUCCAAUCCAGUUCCUGAUCCUGCUCACACUGGGUGAAAUCGUAGCCCUAAUUAAGUCAGUGGAAAAACUCCAGUUGACUUCAACAGGGUCAGAAUUAUUACCCAUUGAAUUCAAUAGCAAUACUUCUAUUGACCAGUGGUGCAGCUUCUGGGCCUAAAGUAACAAAAGGAAUACUAGCAAUAAUUUGUUUAAUUCACAGUGUUUUAAAGCAAAAGAGAAUAGGUAAGAAAUUGAAUGACUUAAGUCCAUGUCUAUACUAGCACUUAUGUCGGCAAAACUUUUAUUGCUGAGGGGUGUGAAAAGACCUCCCUGAGUGACAUAAAUUUUGCCGGCAUAAGCGCUCGUAUGCACAAUGCUAUGUUGGCCGGCGAUGCUCUCCCGCUGACAUAGCUACUGCCGUUCACUGAGCUGGUUUUAUUAUAUUGAUGGGAGAGCUCUCUCCUGUUGGCAUAACACAGCUAAGUAAGUGCUCUUACAGCUACACAGCUGUCUCAAUACAGCUGUUCCGCUGUAAGCUUGUAAGUGUAGACAUGGCCCAACUCAAAAAUCCUAUAACUAGUAUUUUGAUAACCCAAAGCACUUUUUAACAGAACAUGGAAGUCGUCAAUAAUCUUAAAUUCCUCUCAGAAUAAUGAACUGAAAACUGUCAAAUACAAGAAGUUAUCAGAUAAAAUCAUUUGAAUUGUAAUUCAAUAGGAGUUUUUGAAAU